AUGUGUGGGAGUAGUUGUCUAAAUAAGAGAAAACAAUUGAGUUUUCUUAUUAAAAGGGAAGGCUAUGACUUGUGUUUACUUCAAGAAGUUAAAGUUGAUAGUAUUACUGAUAGUCUGGUCUUUAAAUUAUGGGGAGGUACUAAUAUGGAGUGGUCUUUUAGAUUGUCUUGUGGCAUAUCCGAAGUGGGGAUUAAUGGGAUGUGGAGAGGUUUGAAUGUCUAUGUUAUCAAUGUUUAUUCUUCGUGUUUGAUUACCAAGAAGAGGUUGAUGUGGAAGGAGUUAGUGGAUAGGAAAUCUAGACGUUUGAAGGAGAGAAAAGGGAGAUCAUUGACUCUCUUGGGGCAGGAGACGGAGGAGUUUAAUGAUUUUAUCGAGAACCUUGAAGUUGUGGAUGCGAGAGCGGUUGGUAAAAAGUUCACUUGGUUUAGUCGAGAUAGGGGUGCUAUGAGUCGGUUGGAUAGAUUCUUAGUCUCUAAUUGUUUGAUGGAGGUUUGGAAGAUUGAUGGUCAGGUCAUAGGGUGUGUGAAAGAUUGGGAUCCAAAACCAUUUAAAUUCUUCAAUGAUUGGACGAAACAUGAGGAUUUUAUUCUUUUUGUUGAGAACGCGUGGAAGUCGCUAAACGGGAGAGGUAGGGUGACUUAUGUUUUGAAGGAAAAGUUAAGGGGUAUGCGUGGAAAGUUGAGAUUGUGGAAUAUGGAGAUUUAUGGUUAUCUUAAUCUUGAGGACGGUGAGGCAGUUAAAGAUUUAAAUGUUUUGGACUAUACGAAGGUUAGUAAUGAUACGAUGGAUGUUGAUUCUUUGGUUUCUAGAAGAACUCUUGCUUCUUCUAGAGUUUGGAAUGUAGUUAAGGCUAAGGAGGGUUUUCUUCCUCAAAAAGAAAGAAGUACUUGGUUUGCGGAAGGAGAUUCCCACCCUAGGUUUUUUCACAAGGCUAUGAAAAUUAGGAUUGCGAGAAAUUCAAUAGUGGGUCUUAAUUCGGCUAGAGGUUAG